UCAGGGUCUCAGGCGGAUUGUCAAAGUUUCAUCUUCCAGCAGCAGAACCAUGGAGGAGCUCCAGAGGAAACUGGACAAGAGGUAUGACAGCGACCAGCUGUAUGACAGCAAACCCAGGAAGGUGAGGUUCAAGCUGGCCUCGUCAGUCAGCGGCAGGGUGCUAAAGCAUGUGUACGAGGAUGGCCAGGAGCUGGACAGCCCAGAGGAAAAAUACCCCCACAGCUUCCACAGCCACAAGAUGCCCAGACACCUGGAGAUGGAGCAGCUGUGUGGCUUCCAGGACCAGGGUCUGUACCCCCCUACCGGACUGAUGGCCCAGAGGAUCAACGUCUACAGAGGGGGGGCUAACUACAGACCCUCUGCCCACAGCGAUACACCGGAGGGAGACCCCAAUUCUUCAGUGUUGGACUUUGGAAAGAUAAUCAUCUACACCAGCAAUCUGCGGAUCAUCCGGGCCCCUCGGAGGGAAGAAGGGAAAGGGAGACAUCCUCAGACCCCGGGGGGACUGGACAGAGGGGGCAAGAGGAGGCCCAAAGCCCUCUGUGCUCACGGGGAGGAGCAGAGCACCCAUCCACAGGACGGGGAGGAGCAAAGCACACAUCUACAGGACGGGCAGGAUGCAGUGUCCGGCUGCCAGCAUUGUGGCGGUUCGGGCUGUGCCCCCUGCUCUCUAUGCCAUGGCAGCAAGCUGUCCAUGCUGGCCAACCGCUUCAAUGAGUCUAUCAGUGUGCUGCGAUGCCAGGCCUGCUACCCUGAUGGACUGGAGAGGUGCCAGUCCUGUACCAAAUAACACCAACCACUGGCUGUGGGUGUGCCCAUUGUCUCUCCUGCUGUAUUAUCACUGUAAUAUAAAAUGGUUCUGAUGGUUAUGGGAGCACUGCAUAUGUUUUUGUAAGGAAUCAGAAUCCAAUUGUUGGAAGGGAAGGAGGCUACCAUACGUGCAGCUGGCUGAACCAUGGAGAACAAUGAUGGUGUACACAUGAUAAGACAACAUAAUCACUCUAUUGUUGGUAGGUGGUGCAUCUGAGUCUCUGCAAAGAUAACAUGAACUACCAACUGGUUUCAUGAUGACUUAUCAUUUUAAUUAAAAUAAUGUAAAACCAUUGCAUUUUAUCAACAAGGGAAGCUUUCAUAUCAUCCCCACAUUCACCAGAGAGAAAACUACUUUUAUCUCCCAUGUUAGGCCUAUAUACAAGGCUAAUUGAUCCUUUCAUUUGGAGAGAGAAGGGGAGACUCUUCAAUAAAUUAUGGAUAGG